AUGUCUGAUGAUCUUAUUCAUCAGUUUUCUGAUGUAACUGGUGCCACCCAUGAUCUUGGGGAACAAUAUUUGGCACGUAAUGGUAAUGAUCUUACGAAUGCACUUAAUGACUAUUAUCGUGAUAGUGCGGGAAGAGAGCCUACUCCUGCCAUUGAUUCCCAUCCGGAGAAGAGACAUUCUGACUCUAAAUUUAGAACCAUGAUGGAUGUUAUUGAUCACAAUGACGAUAAUGAUGAUGACGAGACUAAUUUGUUUACAGGAGGAGAGAAAUCAGGAUUAGAAGUUGAGAACCCUGAUAAUAAGAACAACGGUGGCAGGGGCAAUGGCAGUGGAGCGGCCGAUUCAGGAAGUAAGAAUCCUAUGAAUUUGGUGGAGGAUCUUCUUAAAAAGGCUGAACGAGAGGCCGGAGAACCUGAUACAAGGGAGCCAAUUGCUCAAGCUAAACAGCCCAAAUUCAAGGGUACUGGAUAUAUGUUGGGAUCCAAAGAGAACAGCGUGGAGUCUUCUAAGAUUGCGGAUCCUAACGAGAGACUGAAACGGAAAAUUCCGGAGAAAAUCACUAGAACUAUCACGUUUUGGAAGGAAGGAUUUCAAGUGGAUGAGGGUAAAUUGUAUCGGUACGAUGAUCCUGAAAAUGCUGAGUAUUUGAAGCAAUUGAAUCAGGGAAGAGCUCCGCUUAGCUUGUUGAAUGUAGAGAUGUUUCAGGAUGUUGAUGUUCACGUGAUCAAGAAGCUGGAAGACUCGUUUAAGCCACCAAAGCGGAAGUUAGGUGGAUUCUUAGGUGAAGGUCAAAGAUUGGGAUCUCCUGUUCCUGGAGAAACGAUCAUAGUCGAGGGAGAUAGAGGAGAGGCGAAAGUAGAGGACGAGCUCGAGAAGAAUGGGGAACAGGAAGAGCAGAAGAAAGAAGAAACUCAGGAAGAGGGUGGAGACGCUAGAAUUCAGAUACGCCUUGCAGAAGGCGAGAGAUUUGUGCAUGGAUUCAAUUCUAGUGACAAAGUUUCUGCAGUGUUUGACUAUGUGGCCUCGAAGACUACAGAUUCCAGAACAUGGAGCCUUGCCUUUGCAUUUCCCUUGAGAUAUAUAGAUGACAUGAAGGAGAAGACUAUUGGAGAGGCUGGGCUUGCCAAUUCUGUUAUUUUGCAAAGAUGGAGAUGA